AGAGUGUAUUGUAAAGCUUCAACUAGAGGAUUGUUCAGAAAAGGAUAACUUUUCUUUCCGUUGUGAUACCAACUCCUUACAGGUAUAUAUAUUUAUAUAGAUAUACAAUUUAUAUGUUGUAUACAUUUAGCCGUCUCAGUUGUUCAAAAGGCAGUUUUAUUUCAUUAGGAUAUGGUUUUGAAGCUAAAAGAAUGCUCAAGAAGUGUCACUAACUACGGUUCAGAAUAAACUAUUUCUACACUUAUUUUAAGUUCUACAAACUGUAAGCGACAUCGAAAAGCAGAUUAUCAAUGGCUUUCCUAUUACAACAGUUUAUUAUCAAAAAAAAUAAAAACAAGAAAACUAUUUUAUGUUGGACGAUUUCUGUAGAAUGUAUUGUGACUGAAUAUCCAUGAAAAACCAAAUAUUUCAACUCAAAGGCUCUUCCUGCGCAGAUUUUAUUCUUUGUCUGUUGAACGGAUAACAAAAUUUAACGUAACAUAAUUUUAUAAUAAUUUUAUACCCACCAUGAGUAUUUCAUGUUCAGCGUAUCUAGAUCGCUCUUUACAAGAACGUAGCCUCGCAUAAAUUCUCUGCAUACAGGACACUCUGGCUUUGGGAGACUGAGUAGGCAGGAUUUGCACGAUACCACAUGUGCGCAUGGAAGCGCUAGAGUAUCUGCUGCCUCGCUCAGGCACACCUUGCACCUAAGUUCUUCUAUUGUCUUUUCCAGUUUCUCCUUCUCAGCCAUGUGACACGAAUCAUUUUCGUAUAUAUUUUUCCCAGAAACUGGGAAAAAACUGGGAAAAAAUCAUCUAUCAUUUUUAGUAUAACUUAUUUGAAAACAAUGAGGAAAUUAUUCAGUUUUUGUUAGUAAAUUUGACCUAUAACCAUAAAACCACGCAAGAACCUAAUCAUGUAGGGCAGAAAAUUAAUUCUAAGAGAAUGGAGCUGUAAAGUAACUUCGUGGAAUAUUUUAUCUCCAAAGCUAUUAAAGGUGGUUAUGAAGACUGUCCGAAAUGUCUAAAGAGCUUGACAUUGCAUUUUACGUUGGUGAUGAUUCAAAGGAUAAAGAUGAAGACUUGGGAAGGAACUGUAGCAAGAAACAAAUUAUUAUUGGUGUCUGCGCCAUGGCGAAAAAAGCUAACUCUGCGGCUAUGAGUGAAAUAGUUGAAAGGCUAAGGCGAUUUGAUGAAUUAGGAGUGACUGUUUUUGAAGAAGAAAUUAUCCUUGAAUAUCCUGUAGAAGAUUGGCCAGUUGUUGAUUGUCUUAUAAGUUUUCAUUCGAAAGGCUUUCCCUUAGAUAAAGCCAUUAGCUAUGUUGAAUUGAGGAAGCCCUUCGUCAUAAAUGACUUGUACAUGCAGUAUCAUAUUCAGGAUAGAAGAGAUGUUUAUAAUCUCUUAGCUAGAAAAGAUGUCAGUCAACCGAGAUAUGCCAUUUUAGAUAGGGAUGAUAAAGAUAAUCGAGGGCCUGGUCUUGUCGAGGAAGACGAUCACGUUUGGAUUAAUGGAGAUUUUUUUACUAAACCUUUUGUCGAGAAGCCUGUAUCAGCGGAGGAUCACAAUGUUUAUAUUUACUAUCCAAGUUCCGCUGGCGGUGGUAGUCAGCGAUUAUUCAGGAAGAUUGGAAGUAGAAGUAGUGUGUAUUCGCCUGUUUCCAAGGUUCGCCAAACUGGUUCUUAUAUUUAUGAGGACUUUAUGCCCACCGAUGGUACGGAUGUAAAAGUGUAUACUGUUGGGCCGGAUUACGCCCAUGCCGAGGCUAGAAAAUCACCUGCUCUAGAUGGUAAAGUUGAACGCGAUAAGGAUGGUAAAGAGGUUAGGUAUCCAGUUUUAUUAUCAGCUCACGAGAAACUUAUCGCCAGAAAGGUUGUUCAAGCUUUCAAGCAAAAUAUAUGUGGUUUCGAUUUGUUAAGAGCGAAUGGAAAAUCAUAUGUUUGUGACGUCAAUGGAUUUAGUUUUGUAAAGAAUUCGUCCAAGUAUUACGAUGAUUGUGCCAAAAUAUUGGGUAACAUGAUUCUCAGAGAAUUGGCCCCGUCACUUUUGCAAAUACCAUUCUUAAAUUUUCAACCAGAAGAUAUUCCUAUUGUACCUACAACAGCUGGUUCAAUGAUGGAGCUUCGUUGCGUUAUUGCCGUCAUCAGACAUGGUGAUAGAACGCCAAAACAAAAGAUGAAAAUGGAGGUCAAACAUAAAAAAUUUAUUGAUUUAUUCGAAAGAUACGGUGGUCAUAAGACAGGUCAACUAAAAUUAAAAAAGCCGCAACAAUUACAAGAAGUUUUAGACAUUACAAGAUAUCUCCUCACCGAAUUAAACAAUCACGAAAGUGAAGUUUGCGAAUCUAUUGAAGAAAAAAAAAAUAAACUAGAACAAUUAAAAUCAGUUUUGGAAAUGUACGGCCAUUUUUCCGGUAUAAAUAGAAAGGUUCAGUUAAAAUAUCAACCGCAUGGCUAUCACAGAAAUAGUAGUGAAGAUGAUACAACUGGUGAACCUAGCCUUGUUCUUAUAUUAAAGUGGGGUGGAGAAUUAACAGAGGCUGGCAAACAGCAAGCUGAAGAAUUGGGAAGUGCUUUCAGAUGUAUGUAUCCUGGUGGACAAGGAGAUUACGGAGCGGUACCAGGAUUGGGUCUCCUGAGGCUCCACUCCACUUAUCGUCAUGACUUGAAAAUCUAUGCAUCAGAAGAAGGUCGAGUCCAGAUGACUGCAGCAGCAUUCGCUAAAGGUUUAUUAGCUCUUGAAGGAGAAUUGACACCCAUAUUAGUACAGAUGGUAAAAAGUGCCAAUAUGAAUGGUUUACUAGACAACGACAAUGAAUCUGCAAAGUUUCAAAAGAGAGUUAAAGAUAAACUGCAGAAUGUUUUGAAUAAAGACAAACAAUUCACUGAGGAAGAUUAUAUUAACCUUGGUGCCAAAGAUAGUAUCUCUCUGGCCAGCGCUUUACAUUUUAUUGGAAAUCCUUACGAAACAUGCAAGAAUGUAUACGAGUCAAUGGUAAAAAUUUUAGAACAUAUUAAAACUUUAGCGGCCAAAAAUCAAGAGGAUUCUCUUCCCAAUCUGGACAGAAAUAGCGAUAGUGAUAGUGAUAGCGAUAGCGAUGAAAGACAUCACGAUGUCUCCAUAGAUAAAUUAUAUAAAUCAGAAUCUUGGGAAUUAAUGGUUCGAAGAUGGUCAAAACUAGUAAAGGACUUUCGUAUGAAAGAUGGAAAAUGGGAUAUAUCAAAAGUUCCAGAUAUUUACGAUUGUAUUAAAUACGAUUUGCAACACAACUAUAAGUAUUUUCCAAAAGGAGGCGAUGGAGAUAAGCUAUAUUCAAUGGCUAAGGCUCUAGCCGACAUAGUAAUACCUCAAGAGUAUGGUAUUAGCUGUACCGACAAACUGCAGAUUGGACAAUGUAUCUGCACUCCUUUAAUGAAGAAGAUUUUAAAUGAUUUACAGAGAAAUGUUGAUGAGGAUGCGACCAGGUUGGACUCGAGAUACUCUAAAGGAGUAUCGACUCCUCAUAGGCAUGUUCGAACGAGAUUAUAUUUUACAAGCGAAUCUCAUAUACAUUCUCUUUUAACAAUAUUACGAUUGGGUAGUUUAUGCGAAAAUAAUGAUACUCAAUGGGAAAGAUCUAUGAAUUUUAUUAGUGCCAUUUCUGAAUUGAAUUAUAUGACUCAAAUCAUCAUAAUGAUGUACGAAGAUAUUAAUAAGGAACCUCAGUCUGAAGAAAGAUUUCACGUGGAAUUGCACUUUAGUCCAGGAGCAUAUCACAGUAUUAGAAAUAAACAGUAUCCUUCCGGUUUUGGUUUUAAACCUUCAGAAGAAUCGGAGAAUCAGAAAGAUGAAGUUUCUUCGUCUGUGGAUAGUAACUGUCUAAAUGUUCCAAAGGUUGCUAAAACUUGUCAGUUUAAACCUUCAAAGCUAUUAUAUUAUAGAAUUUUUGAUCCAAUUCCUAUGAGGGGACGAGUAUCCUCCGAACCUGAUGCCGUACUCUCGGCGAAACGAUUAAAAAAAUUAUCUUUACCGAGCGCUGCUCCUGGAGGGAAAUCUAAAAUUCUUACAACGAAGAGUCAAAGUACGGAGAAGAUGGACAAAUGCGAAGAUACAUUAUAUCCUCUACCCGAAUGCGACAUGGUUAAACAAGGAUUAAUUAGUACUAGUGUUAUAUCUGGUUCAGCUUCAGCUCCAGCUCUUUCGAAAUUCGAAAUGGGCAGUACACUUCGUCUAGCAUCCGGUGAAAGCGUUGCAGUACCAUCUGUUAGACCUUUAGAAACAUUACAUAAUUCUCUAACUUUAAAAAGAAUGGAGACAUUUUUAACCGAUAUGAUCGAGACACAUUUCGCUGAUAAUUUUAACGAAAAUCAGAAGUCUGCUCAGAAAACAUCAAUAUCAAAAUCGUAA